UAGAACGUUUUUGGAAUUAUAUGAAUCCCGAAAAAUGUGACGCUGAUACUCUCACAAAACAUAUUUUGAGCGUCGUAGAUCCAUUAAUAGAAAAUUUCCCUAACAAACUGAUUUCACAAAGCUAUGAUGGAGCCGCGGUAAUGAGCGGACAUAAUGAUGGAGUACAGGCAAAAAUUAAACAAAGAUAUCCAUUUGCUCACCUUCCGCAAAUGCUCAAGUUCGGGUGUUCUUUGGGGAUUUGAAAGAUAUUCCGGGAUUUUUUAAUAAUUCUCCUCAACGCGUAGAAGUACUGAACAGAGUUGUGGGGAAAAAAUUUCCCAAGGAGCAACAACUCGUUGGAAUUUUAAUAUUCGAACAAUAAAUGUAGUGUUUGAGAACAGAGAAUCACUCAUUCAAUGCAUGGAAGAAAUAGAAGAAAAUUUCACUAACGAAACCGUUUACAAGGCAGCUUGCG